CUCUGUGCAGUAGAGUGCUGGCAGGGAGCUGGUUAACACUGACACGGCUGGCUGGUUUUAAUAGGGAGGUAGUGGAGAGAGGGCGAGGUACAGCACACAGCACAGCCGACACCUGCAAACACUUGACUGGACUCGUACAGAGAGGCAGCGCGUCUGACUCUGGAAUACUAACGGAUUUGCUCCUCAUGAUAUUGUGAAAGAUGACAGUGCGACUGGAAUUGGGAAAGUUUUUCUGAGCUCCGCGUUAAUUCUCAAAGGGUAACCGGUUAAUGAACGCAAGAUAGUAGCCUACUUUAACUGCGCCGACUGGAAACUUUGGCAACUGAGAAAGAACGAAGAAACAACCUACAAGCCUACAAACAAAUGGACAUUGACGCGUUUAGGUGUGUUUUGUGACUGUUUUGUUCGCAUCGGACAGCUGCGUGCUACGGAAUGUAACAUCUUCCAUCUUAAGUUACCUGGACAAGAAAUCUCGGUGGGUAAACUGCUGCUGUCAUUAUCAUGAUCAUGAUGCAAACCCUGCUCCUCAUCCUGAGCUUAUGUGUCUGGGGUUGUCAUUGCAACGCCCGCACAACACCCCGAGUGCACCUGUCAUAUAAAGAGUUACUGGAGACAAAAACCAUACGGCCGUUCAGUUUCUCCUUCAACACCAGCGACUACAGAAUCCUGCAUAUGGACCAAGACCAAGGCCGGCUCUACCUGGGCAGCCGUGAAUAUCUGGUCUCUCUAGACAUGCAAAAUGUCAAUAAAGAACCCCUUAUUAUUCACUGGCCAGCAACAGCACAAAGAAAAGGGGAGUGUAAAUUAACUGGCAAAGGUGGACAGGGAGAGUGUGCUAAUUUUGUGCGUCUGAUUGAGCCGUGGAACAGGACUCACCUGUACACCUGCGGCACAGGAGCUUAUAAACCCAUCUGCACCUUCGUCAACAGAGGCUGGAGAGCUGAGGAAUACUUGUUCCGGCUGGUUCCUGGUUAUGUGGACUCUGGAAAAGGAAAGUCUCCUUACGAUCCCCGCCAGGAAAACGCAGCAGCUUUGAUAAAUGGGAACCUGUAUGCUGGAGUACAUGUGGACUUUAUGGGUACAGAUCCAGCCAUCUUCAGAACCUUGGGAGACCGUCCCGCUGUCAGAACCGAGCAGUAUGAUUCCCGAUGGUUGAAUGAGCCUGUGUUUAUAAAAAUCCAGAAGAUUCCAGACAGUGCAGAGAAGAAUGAUGAUAAGCUUUACUUCUUCUUUCGGGAGAAGAGUUUAGAUGCUUCAGGGGGCAGCGCUCCGAGCGUCCUCGCGAGAGUAGGCCGAGUCUGUCUGAAUGAUGAUGGAGGUCAGAGGUCAUUGGUGAAUAAGUGGACAACGUUCCUCAAAGCACGACUGGUCUGUUCUGUGAUUGGUGCAGAUGGUGUUGAGACUUACUUUGAUGAACUGAGAGAUGUUUUCAUCCAGAGGACACAUGAUGAACGGAACCCCAUUGUGUAUGCUGUGUUCUCCACAGCUGGCUCUGUGUUUAAAGGCUCUGCCGUGUGUGUGUACUCAAUGGCAGACAUCAGAAAUGUCUUCAAUGGACCCUUCUCUCACAAACAUGGCCACAACUACCAGUGGACACCUUAUACUGGCAAAAUUCCUUACCCUCGCCCAGGGACUUGUCCUGGAGGAACCUUCACCCCUGAUCUCCACACCACUAAAGCCUUCUCUGACGAGGCUGUAAACUUUGUACGCGCCCAUCCGCUUAUGUAUCAACCUAUUUAUCCAAUACACAAGCGCCCACUGGUGGUCAGGACUGGAGUUGACUACCGUUUCACCACUAUUGCUGUGGAUCUGGUGGAUGCUGUGGAUGGAAGAUACGAGGUGCUCUUCCUGGGCACAGAUCGUGGCACAGUCCAGAAGGUGACUGUAUUACCAAAAGACAUCAGCACAACAGAAGAGCUCAUUUUGGAAGAGGUUGAGGUUUUUAAGACUCCAGCUGCUGUCAAAACUCUGAAGAUUUCUUCUAAAAGGCAACAGUUGUACGUGUCUUCAGAAAGGGGUCUUACCCAGGUGUCCCUGCACAGGUGUGCCGUUUAUGGCAAGGCCUGUUCAGACUGCUGCCUGGCCCGCGACCCCUACUGUGCCUGGGAUGGAGAACACUGCUCUGCUUUCACCCCGGCUACCAAGAGGAGAAGCAGAAGGCAAGAUAUCAAACACGGAGAUCCUCUACGGCAGUGCAGAGGAUUCAAUGCUAAAGUAGAGAAGCGUCUGAGGGAGACGGUGCAGUUUGGGGUUGAGGGGAGCAGCACGUUCCUGGAGUGCCAGCCAAGAUCUCCGCAGGCCUCCGUUAAAUGGCUCUACCAGAAGGACGGCAAGCGAAAAGCACUCAGUCGAGACAAAGAUGUCUUGAAGACCGGUCAUGGCAUCCUGCUGAAAUCUCUCACCCAAUUGGAUGCCGGCCUUUACCACUGCCUGGCAACUGAGAACAACUUCAAACACACCGUGGCACGCAUCUCCCUACGGAUCCUGGACCGGGAGAUCGUGGACGCGCUGACCGAGUCGGACGUCCCGAUCGAACCAGAGCACCGCCACCACCAUUCCCAUCACCACCCUCCACCGCCGCCCCCUCCCCCUCAGACCAACCCACCUGCUCUCCAGCUCCACCCACAGCCUGAAGUGCGUCUCAUCAACCAGUACUGCCAGUCCUACAGGCAGCAGAUAAAAAGCCAGCCACUCAAAGCCAAACGCAGCAAUCGCAGGCAUACGGGAGAACAGGAAGGGGAGGAGCUACAGGAGCAGUGAAUGAAACAGCACCUGGGAGGACCCUGUUGACCAUGUCCCGUCCAUGUGCCCCAUCAUUAUGUCCUUCUUCUAGGCAAACUCGGUCCAUUUAAUAAAAUGAUUCAUUAGAUGUAUCAGACUGUGUCUGAACUAGAUUGAUUUUCGUUUGAUUCACUUAGCUCCCCUAACUAAUCUAAAUCUGGCUGUGAUGUGCUCACUUCCAUAGCUAGCAUGAAACCACACAUUUUUCGAAAUGAAUUCCUUAAAACGUCCAGCCACACCAGCAAAACUACUGCUGUUUUAUGUUAAACAUAAGCUAUUCCAUUCUAAUAUUCAGUACACCAAUGACUGCAGUGUAAAUACUAUCAGAAACGUUUGGAAACAUGUACGUUGUAGAGGCUUCAAAAGGUGUUUGGGGUGAAAUCGAAAGAUUGCUGAUUCAGUCAGUCGUCUCUAAACCCCCACACCAUAAAAUACAGUUGUGGAAGGAAUGUUUUGGAGCAUUUGAAGAUUACUACAAUUAUAGCACAAUAUAUCUUGCCAUCAUUUUGACCACUAAAGCUUUUACUUUUCUUGGCAUUUGCAAUUUUUUUAUAGAGUUUUCUGUAGUAAAGUCAUUGCAAGAACAGGUCAAUUUGUAUGGACAACUAGAAGUGACAAUUAAAAUUAAAAUGAAU